AAUUUUAUGAGAACUUAUUUAUUUAUUUUCCCAGGUCAGACCGGGGCUACCCACCUCAGGAGGGGCUACCCACCUCCACCUUCUUACGGCUUCUGGCGGUCCUCAGCCGGGUCAGCCUUGGCUCCCUAUCCAAGCGGCCCAAAUGCCCCUCUUCCCGGGCCAGCCAGCGGGGUAUCCUGCCGCUCCGCACUCCAGGACAGCUCCUGCAGCUGAGGACCUCCGGGAUCGGGCUACCCACCACCAAUGCCUCCAGUCAUGCCCCCCACCAUCCCAUCAGGAGUUCUGAGCUCAGACGAGGAGUUCGCGGCGAGGGGCAGCAACUGGGACGACAUGAGCAUUCGGCAUGCCUUCAUCAGAAAGGUUUACAUGAUCCUGGCCUCCCAGCUCCUCGUCACCACGGCCAUCGUUGCCAUAUUCACCUUCGUUUCACCGGUCCGAGAUUUUGUUCGGAAAAACCAGGCUGUGUACUGGGCAUCAUAUGCUGUAUAUAUCAUCACCCACCUUGUGUUGGUUUGCUGUAAAGGCCCACGGAGGAAGUUCCCAUGGAACAUUAUUCUGCUGCUGCUCUUUACUCUGGCUCUGUCUUACAUGACUGGAACCAUCUCCAGUUAUUACAACACAAAAGCUGUGUUUCUGGCUCUCGGGAUCACUGCUGUUGUGUGCAUCGCUGUCACAGUCUUCUGUUUCCAGACAAAGGUGGAUUUCACAAAGUGCCAGGGCCUCUUCUGUGUCCUGGGGAUUGUGAUGUUUGUGACCGGCAUCAUUACGGCCAUCGUGCUUUCCUUCAAAUAUAUUUAUUGGCUUCACAUGCUGUACGCGGCGAUAGGCGCCAUAGUGUUCACUCUGUUCCUGGCAUAUCACACUCAGCUCCUGAUAGGAAACAGGAAGCACUCCAUCAGUCCGGAGGAGUACGUCUUCGCCGCUCUGUCCCUCUACGUUGACAUCGUCCAGAUCUUCCUGUUCCUGCUGCAGAUUAUCGGCUCCGUCACCAAAUGAGGCCGAGCGUUCCGGAUGGCUGCUGGAAAGCAACGCGUUGCUUUUUUUUCUCUGUUACAACUUUUACUUUUUUUUUUUUUUGUUUGUUUUUUUUGGAUAAAAAAAAAAAAUCAUAGCAUAACAUUUAUUAAGCUAUUGAACCAAUGCAGGGAUAGAAUCAAGUGGCUCAAUCUGAUUUUUGUUACCAUGUAUGGAGAUACGAAAACUACUUUUAUACUUGUAAUAUACAUAUUUAUACUAUGCACUCGUCAUCUAGUGAUGAUAAACACCUCUGUUUAAAUUCCACAGUUAUAUCGAGGGAAGCAUUAUUGAUUCAUUUAAAAAACUUUUCCUUCCUUUUUAAUAAGCCGUAUGUCGAGAAUUCAGUUAAACAAAAUAAAAAUAUUAAAAAAUUAUAAAACAUAAUGUAACUGCCGUCAUAGUUCAGUGUUGUCUACAGAUCUGUUACAUGUUCUCUAGAUCUAUCCUGGGAUAAUUUAUAAUGUGUUUACAGAGGCACUGGCCCAGGGCUACAGUUUUUGAGGGCGCCUCCCAAUUUAUUUUAUUAUUUUUUUAAUGAAUGGAUGUUUUGCAAUUAUUUGUUACAUAAAACGUAAGCUGGCCCAAAUUUGGGGUUUCUAUGAGUAUAAACAAUAGUCACGUCUCGGAUAAGUUAUAGUCGAUGUGUUUGGGAAAAAUGUUUAGUUAUUAUUGGAUUGAAGUUUCCUUAUGAGGCAUUUUGUCUUCCAGUUGAAUCUCACAGGGUAUGUCGUGCCUCGAAAAAAAUCAUCAGCUCAUUUUUUUCUGUCAUAACUCUGGGUGUGUUUACGUGACAUUCACUGUAAAUAGCUGCUGUCUUUAUUUUAUUAAAUUUUUUUCUUUGCAACAACUUACUGACCUGAACGUGCCAUUAUAAGCAACAUCGCCUGUAUCCAUGGCAAAAAAAUUUUUCCCCCUAAAACUACUUCAUUACGUAAGGUGUUGUAACUCAGUCUGAGUGAGCAGGGUGGAGUUCCCCCCCCGCCCCCCCCCCCAAACAACCGGUGAAAUGUUUCAGCUGGAGAAAAAAAAAAAAACACUCCUGAUUUACCCGACCGCACCCAGCUGCUGCUCCGGGCCAGAGCUGCAUGUAAUUCUUUUAUUAAAGCAACAGAGUCAAACACUCCGCAUGUAAAGACCACAUAGUUGGUGUAAAUACACCUUUCCUGAAGAUAAUGUGUUUGCAUUUUCAUAUGAAAUAAACUGUUUCCUUUUGUUUUA